AGGCGUGCAGACUGGAGCAGUGUGCAGAGCCGCGGCUGGGUCCUGCUCCCGCCUCGGAGCCCCUGGCCCGGGGGAGGGGGAGAGGCCACUAGCCCGGUCUAUGUCUUUUUCUGACUCCAGUGCAACCUUCCUGCUGAACGAGGGUUCAGCCGACUCCUACACCAGCCGCCCCUCUCUGGACUCAGACGUCUCCCUGGAGGAGGACCGGGAGAGUGCCAGGCGAGAAGUGGAGAGCCAGGCUCAGCAGCAGCUGGAGAGAGCCAAGCACAAACCUGUGGCAUUUGCUGUGAGGACCAAUGUCAGCUACUGUGGGGUGCUGGAUGAGGAGUGUCCAGUCCAGGGCUCUGGAGUCAACUUCGAGGCCAAAGAUUUUCUGCACAUUAAAGAGGUAAUCAGCAACGACUGGUGGAUCGGGAGGCUAGUGAAAGAGGGCGGAGAUAUCGCCUUCAUCCCCAGCCCCCAACGCCUGGAGAGCAUCCGGCUCAAACAGGAACAGAAAGCCAGGAGAUCUGGGAACCCUUCCAGCCUGAGUGACAUUGGCAACCGACGCUCUCCUCCUCCAUCUCUAGCCAAGCAGAAGCAGAAGCAGGCGGAACAUGUUCCCCCAUACGAUGUGGUGCCCUCCAUGCGGCCUGUGGUGCUGGUGGGACCCUCUCUGAAAGGUUACGAGGUCACGGACAUGAUGCAGAAGGCUCUCUUCGACUUCCUAAAACACAGGUUUGAUGGCAGGAUCUCUAUCACGAGGGUCACAGCUGACCUCUCACUGGCAAAGCGGUCUGUGCUCAACAACCCUGGCAAGAGGACCAUCAUUGAGCGCUCCUCGGCCCGAUCCAGCAUUGCUGAAGUGCAGAGUGAGAUUGAGCGCAUAUUCGAGCUGGCCAAAUCCCUGCAGCUAGUCGUGUUGGAUGCUGAUACCAUCAACCACCCAGCACAGCUAGCCAAGACCUCAUUGGCUCCCAUCAUCGUCUUUGUCAAAGUAUCCUCACCGAAGGUUCUCCAGCGACUCAUCCGCUCCCGGGGGAAGUCGCAGAUGAAGCACCUGACUGUACAGAUGAUGGCAUAUGACAAGCUGGUUCAGUGCCCACCAGAGUCAUUCGAUGUGAUUCUGGAUGAGAACCAGCUGGAAGAUGCCUGCGAACACCUGGCUGAAUACCUAGAGGUUUACUGGCGCGCUACCCACCAUCCAGCGCCUGGCCCUGGACUCCUGGGUCCUCCUAGUGCCAUCCCUGGACUCCAGAACCAGCAGCUGCUGGGGGAGCGUGGUGAGGAGCAUUCGCCCCUGGAGCGGGACAGCUUGAUGCCCUCAGAUGAGGCCAGCGAGAGCUCCCGCCAGGCCUGGACCGGAUCUUCACAGCGCAGCUCCCGCCAUCUGGAGGAGGACUAUGCAGACGCCUAUCAGGACCUGUACCAGCCUCAUCGCCAACACACCUCGGGGCUUCCCAGUGCUAAUGGGCAUGACCCCCAAGACCGGCUCCUAGCCCAGGACUCGGAGCACGACCACAAUGACCGGAACUGGCAACGUAACCGGCCUUGGCCUAAGGACAGCUACUGAUCACCACCUGCCCUACCCUGGCAGGCACAGGCACAGCGGCUGGGGUGCCCACCUCAGGCAGGUUGGAGUUAGACUGGCAUUAGGCUGCCACUAGGUUCAGCUCCCACAACCCCCUGCCCAGCCCCUGGUCCAGGGCUGACUGUGGUCCCAAGGUUCUGGGAGAAGCAAGGGGCCCCCUCACCUCCUGGGCACAGUGACCCCGUAGGCUCUCAUCCCAGGUACUAGCUGUGUUCUGUAUCCUUGGCACCUCCCUCACCCGCACAAGCUGCCGCAGUGGGCAGUGAUCUCAGGCCAGGAUCACUUAGCAGGGGACACCCGACCAGAAUGGAUGCCCCCUAAUAACGAGGGUGGGAGCGUGGGCAGUACAGCGUGAGUCCUGACAAGAGACUCAGUUGUGCUCUGGGGUCUAAGGGCCUCUACUCUCCUCACUGCCACACAUCAGGAACGAAACAAUCAGAGCUCAACACUGUAGCACUUCUGUACAUCAGCGGGGGUGGGCGAGUACACCUAAGACAGGAGCAGUGCAGGUGAGGCUAGACAGACUCACAACGGAAGCUCUGGUAGACAAAGGCCCUCCUCUCCAAACCAGGAAGCUUAGCAUCUGGCAAGCCUAGGGAACUGGAGCACAGUGAAGCCAGAAGCUUGGACUGCGGGGGAGGGAGGAACAGCUUCCGGCCCCCUUGCGUUUCUCAUUCUUUUGCCCUUGCAUCUGUCAUUUCUGUUCUUUCCCUCCAUGCCUCCUGCAAGACCAGGCUCCCUGACUCAUAGCUGCCGCUUGUUAAGUUAGGGUUAGAUGAGGACACUAGGACACAGUGGACAGCCCCCAGAGGCUGUCCACCUGGCUACCCUUGCCUUAUGGCUCUAGUGUGUGACCUACAGAGCAUGCUCCAUUCAGAACCUGCUCCACCUCAUUGUCAUCUCCAAUAAACACCAUGCACAGUC